AUGGCAUUGACUAACUUGAAAAAAGCGUUUUCCCUUUUUUCUCUGGUCGCGUUGGCCGUCUUACAUUCCUCAUUCGAUGUUGCAUCUCUUUCUGUGAAUGAAGAGGCAGAGAUGGAUGCUCUACUCAAUUGGAAAGCUAGUCUUCAAAAUGAGACACAGUCACCCCUGCCUUCAUGGACUCUCCUUCCUAAUAAUGCAACCAAUUCUUUGAGCUAUCAAAAUACAAGCUCAAGCUCAAGCUCAAGCCCAAGCCCAUGCAGUUGGUUCGGUAUUUCUUGCACCCAAGCAGGAAGUGUUACUACAUUAAACUUGACGAACUCUAGCUUGAAAGGUACGCUUCAUGAUUUUCCAUUCUCAUCUCUCCCUAGUCUUGCAUACCUUGAUCUCAGCAUGAACGAGCUAUUUGGUACAAUCCCUCCUGAAAUUAGUCACCUCUCCAAACUCAAAUAUCUUGAUCUAACCUUUAAUAACUUUUCGGGGGCAAUCCCACCGCAGAUUGGCCUACUGAUCAAUCUUGAGUUCCUGUCCCUAGCUCAAAAUCAAUUAAAUAGCUCGAUUCCUCCAGAAAUAGGCCAGUUAAAGUCUCUCAGUGCCCUUUCUUUGUUUGCCAACAAUCUCCGUGGCUCCAUUCCUGCUUCUUUAGGUCAUUUGAGCAACCUGAUUUACUUGUAUCUCAAUGGUAAUGUGCUUUUGAAUUCCAUUCCAGCAUCUUUGGGCGAUUUAAGCAACUUGGCUUAUUUGGCCCUUUAUAAUAAUCUACUCUCUGCCUCCAUUCCACCAGAAAUUGGAAACCUUAGCAAUUUACUUGAACUUGAUAUAAGUAACAAUAGUUUAACAGGUCCCAUUCCUUAUAGUAUUGGAAACCUUGAAAUGCUAACAUUGUUGCAAGUGUUUGAAAAUCACCUCAACGGCUCCAUCCCCCCAGAAAUUGGAAAUUUGAAGUAUCUCCAAUUUUUAAGCCUGCAGAAAAAUAAUUUUUCUGGCUCAAUUCCCAUGUCUUUAGGAGUUCUCAGCUUCCUAACUGUCUUAGAAUUGAACAACAAUCAACUUUCUGGCAUCGUUCCUAAAGAAUUAGGAAACUUAGAGUCCAUAACUACUCUUGAUCUCAGCAACAAUCAAUUAAGUGGUACUGUUCCAAUUUCCUUGGGUAAUUUAAGUUACUUAGCAGGUCUGUUCCUCCAUGAUAACCAAUUUUGUGGUCCUAUUCCUCAAGAGAUAGGAAAUCUCACAAAGUUGACUACGCUGGUGUUGAAUACAAACCACUUUAAUGGUUCUUUGCCUCAAAACUUAUGCCAAAGUGGAUCUCUCCAAAACUUUUCCGCAUAUGACAACCAUCUCAUAGGUCCAAUACCAAAAACCUUGAAGACUUGCAUGAGUUUAAUUAGAGUCCGCCUUGAACAAAACCAACUCGUUGGGAAUUUAUCUGAAGAUUUUGGUGUUUAUAGAAACCUGCAAUACAUAGAUCUAAGUUACAAUAGAUUUUCUGGUGAGAUCUCUCACAGUUGGAGUAGGUGCCCGCAACUAGGCUCCCUGCUGAUUGCUGGGAAUGGUAUUGGUGGUGGCAUACCACCUGAAAUUGGAAACUUCACUCAACUCCAUGUACUUGAUCUUUCUUAUAAUCGGUUGGUUGGGAAGCUACCAAAGGAAUUUGGGAAGUUGACUUCUUUGUUCAAAUUGAAGUUGAAUGGAAACCAACUUUCUGGUGAUAUAUCUCCAGAGCUUGGAUCAUUGACAAAUCUUGAGUUUCUGGAUCUAUCCAGUAAUAGAUUUGACAAUUCGUUCCCUAGAAUUAUAGGGAACUUUUUGAAACUAAAUUAUUUGAAUAUGAGCAACAACAAGUUUUGCGAUGAUAUACCAGUUGAAAUUUGUAAUUUAGCUCAUUUGUCCCAGCUAGAUUUGAGUCAUAACUCGCUCGAAGGAAAGAUACCUUCACAAAUUGGCAAUCUUCAAAGCUUGGAGAUGUUGAAUUUCUCCCGCAAUAACCUCUCUGGUUUUAUUCCAAUUGCUUUCGAAGAGAUGCAUGGUUUGUCAUAUGUGGACAUAUCCUAUAAUAAGUUGGAGGGCCCUCUUCCGAAUACCAAAGCAUUUCAAGAUGCUUGCGUAGAAGCACUACGAGGAAAUAAAAGGUUGUGUGGAAAUGUUACAGGAUUGCAACCCUGUGUGGUAGGAAGACCAGUUUCAAAGACGGGACCCAAAAUCUUUUUGUUAAUCAUUUUCCCUCUUUUUGGAACACUGUCACUUGUAUUGAUGUUUCUUGGAGUUUUCCUCAUUUUGCAAAGAAAUAGGAAGGACCCUCAUAUAGAUCAAAUGAGUAACACACACAAUGAAAAAGUGUUUUCGAUAUCAACUUUUGAUGGAAAAGCAAUGCACAAGGAAAUCAUUGAAGCAACACAGGGUUUUGAUGAUAUGUUUUGUAUUGGGAAGGGAAAACAUGGAACCGUGUAUAAAGCAACUCUAACAUCAGGAAACAUAGUGGCAGUAAAGAAACUCCAAUCCUUGUGUGAUGGUGAGAUUGUACAACAAAAAGAGUUCUUCAAUGAGAUAAGGGCAUUAACAGAAAUACACCACCGAAACAUCGUAAAAUUGUAUGGCUUUUGUUCACAAUCACAACACUCGAUUUUGAUUUAUGAGUACUUUGAAAGGGGUAGCUUGGCCACAAUUUUGAGUAGUGAUGGAGGAGCAAAGGAGUUGGAUUGGAAUAAGAGGAUGAAUAUCAUCAAAGGUUUGGCUCAUGCUCUAUCUUACAUGCACCAUGAUUGCUCACCACCAAUUGUUCACAGGGACAUAUCAAGCAAAAAUGUUUUGCUGGAUUCAAAUUACGAGGCUCAUGUUUCAGACUUUGGCACAGCUAAGCUUCUUAAUCGAGACUCAUCCAAUUGGACUUCAUUUGCCUGCACAUAUGGAUAUGCUGCACCAGAGCUUGCUUAUACCAUGAAGAUAACUGAGAAAUGCGAUGUGUUUAGCUUUGGAGUUUUGGCUAUUGAAGUGAUCAAAGGAAGGCAUCCUGGUGAAAUCACCCCCAUUCUAUCAGCUUCGUCCGUGGAGGAGAAUAUUUUGUUUAAAGAUUUGUUUGACCUACGCAUUCCACCUCCCAUGCUGCAGGCUGAGAAUCAACUGAUACUCAUCAUAAAGCUGGCAAUUGAAUGCUUGCAAGCGAAUCCAGAAUCUAGACCAUCUAUGCACAUGGUCUCUCGGGUGUUAUCAAGCUGAAGUGCACUUUCUUGAGUCAUCCAGAGUCUGACUCUGACUAGGACAAGAAAGAAGAUGAAAAAAUAUGAAUUUUAUGGGACGCUAUAUUAUGUCAAAUUUAUGCUGCUGACCAGAUCUUUAAUUAUGUACAAUUAUUAAUAAUGUGAUGCUGGAAACACAGAUUUAAAGGCAUUGUGAUUGUACAUUUUUGAUUGGCUUUUGGUAUAUGCAUAAAUAAUUCAAAUGUAGUAAAAAAGUGAUUAAUAGUGAUCUUUUUGUUUUAGUCAUUUAUAUUCCAACUGA